CCGAACUGAGAUCCCGUAGUGCGUCACAUGUUGACUAAUGCUGCUAGCUGAUGCUAAAUUACCGAAAGGUUGCCAACAUUUAAAAAGUCGACUUCAAAAAUCAGUAGAUAUUAACAUAACGCGUGUUUCUUUUGUUUCGGCGCUCUGUACUUCUCUUUAACAUGACUUAACAUUUCAACGUGGCAUUGGAUGAAACACGCUUGUUAAUGCUUUAGUUUUUCCUAAGGUACCUAGCGUGUUUGCUAGCCAGGAAGAGUUGACAUCUGUUUCUCACUGUUGGCUUCAGGCUAACACAGUCAACAUAGGAGCUAAAAUAAAGAGAGCUCCAGAUGCGGCUAAAGGACCCUUUCUCCUUGAAAACCGCCGACAUGACUAAGCGGACUAAUAAACCUAGGAAACCUCGAGAUGAGGAGUCCUCUGAUGAAGUCAGUGGCUUGCCGUGCCAGCAUGUGAGUAAGGCAGUGGACCUGAGCUCCGUGAAGAAAUCUGUGACUUCCAGCGUGUGGUUUAUGUGCUCAGAUUGCCUAAGAGAGAGGACAAUGAAAGACGGAGAGCCAGUAGCUUCACAUGACAUCUUGAUUUGCUUAAAGUGUGGUUUCCAAGGCUGCAACCAGUCUGGGAUUGUGCACGCAGUCAAGCACCACCAAGCUUUUCAUCCUGAGUCUCACUGCAUCACCAUCAGUUUGAGCACAUGGAAGGCCUGGUGUUUUGAAUGUAACGAGGAGCUCUCGACUCACUGCAACAAGAAGGCGUUGGCUCAGACUGUGGACUUUUUACAGAAGCACUCUGUCAAGGCAACAUCAGCAUCACCGAAGAUCAUUAAGCUACGAGAGGAGCCAUCAGAUUAUACUGACCCGCCCAGAGGUAAAAGUCCUGUCAUCAACAGCACCUUGGUCCCCGUGAAAGGCAUUAAUAACCUGGGCAACACCUGCUUCUUCAAUGCUGUCAUGCAGAACUUGUCCCAGACCCACAUGCUCAUUGAUCUCAUCCAGGAAGUGAAGGAGAAAGGGUACAAACUGAGGAUCUGCCCACCUGUUGAGACUAAACUGAGUCCCCUGACGGUAUCACUGCUCAGUCCAGAACCCUUGACUGCAGCCAUGUUUUCCUUCCUCCAUAGCAUGAAAGAGCCGGGGAAAGGGCCGGUCAAUCCCAAGAUCCUUUUCAACCAGCUCUGCCAGAAAGCUCCACGCUUCAAGGGCUACCAACAACAAGACAGCCAGGAGCUUCUGCACUACUUACUGGACUCCAUACGAGUAGAAGAAACUAAAAGGGUGAAAGCGGGCAUUCUGAAAGCAUUUAAUAAUCCUACAGAGAAGACAGCAGAUGAGGAGACCAAACGGCAAGUCAAAGCAUAUGGGAAAGAAGGUGUGAAGAUGAACUUCGUUGAUCGCAUCUUUGUAGGCGAGCUGACAAACACAAUUAUGUGUGAAGAAUGUGGGCAUAUUUCCACAGUGAAGGAAGCCUUCAUAGAUAUCUCUUUACCCAUCAUAGAGGAGAGGAUAUCUAAACCAUCCAACCCUGGUAGGAUGGGGAAGGGCACACGGGAGCAGGAUGCGCACACAGCGCACGACCAGGUUUUCUCUGCAGCACACGCUGUCAACCGAAACACAAGAAAGCUGAGCGGAAAGAAGCAGCAAAGCAGGAAGUCUUCCAGCUCUCUGGAGGAGAAGGGAGCGAGCUGCGGAGCAGAGCGAGCAGUGGAGGAGGGGGUCUCUGGUGGAUCAGCCCGCAGCGUGGCUGCUUGUAAGCCGGCCGCUGCCAGCAGCCUGUCGGAUGGCAGCGAGAGGGACUCGGGUGCUCAGGACAGCAGUAAUGACGCUGACAGCGAGGCCUCGGAGAGCGAAUGGACCCCGCGCAGCUCCUCCUCGCUCCAUGUCCACAGUCACGCGUCCACUCCGUCGUCCGCUUCCACCCUUACGCCGUCCCCCGUCCCCCUCUCUGCCUCCUCGCCCUCGUCGUCGUCCUCCGCGAAACAAGGGGGCGCUGUGGAGCAGCUAGUAACUGCAGUGUCUAAAGUGAGUCUCGGGUUUACCUCAGGCGACGGCUCUCCCUCCACACACUGUUCCCCAGAGGAGACGGGAGAAGCGCAGUCUCGGGACAACCUCUUCCAUCAGCACCACCAGGGAGCCUUUCAGGUGCUGUCUCAUAGCUACACCCCCAGCUCCAAGGAGUGCUCCAUCCAGUCCUGCCUCCACCAGUUCACCUCUGUGGAACUGCUGAUGGGCAAUAACAAGCUGCUGUGUGAGAGCUGCACCGAACGCAGACAGAAGCACCUGCGCAAGAGCAGCUCAGCGGAUAAAAAGGUGGAGAAGGUUUACACCAGUGCCAUAAAGCAAAUGCUGAUAUCAUCGCUGCCUCCAGUCAUCACUUUACAUCUGAAACGUUUCCACCAGGCAGGGAUGAACUUACGCAAGGUGAACCGCCAUGUUGAUUUUCCACUGGUUCUGGAUCUGGCUCCAUUUUGCUCAGCUUCCUGCAAGAAUUUAGCAGUGGAGGAACGUGUCCUCUACAGCCUGUAUGGGAUUGUUGAACAUAGUGGCUCAAUGAGGGGGGGGCACUAUGCUGCAUAUAUAAAAGUGCGCCCUCCCCAGAAGAAAUCUGACCAACACCACAAGAACCUGUCAGGUACGAGGGAGGCCAGCAGCAGCUCCCAGGGUCAGUGGGUGUACGUGAGUGAUACCACCGUUCAGACGGUACCAGAAUCAAGGGUACUCAACUCUCAGGCAUAUCUGCUCUUCUAUGAGCUGAUGUCAUCCCGGUUUUACUAUUAAGUGAGAUUGUGUCCACCAUCGCGCUCUGCUGCUGUCACUGUGCAUCCCGUGGUGCCAUAUUCGGCCCAUCUCUGCCAGUGAUCCACCCUGACGGGUGCAAAGCAGGGCUGCUUCAGAACAUGUCGCAAGCUGGUGAAGAGGAGGUGGGUCUGGAAACAGGAAAAGGGCAACGUCCAAAACGAUCGCCUCGCACGUCCUCCUUUCCCCACAUGCUGUGACAUCCGAGUCAUGCUGCUCAUACAUUAAAACAGGUUGUCAAACUGUCACCGCUGGGAGGGAGCAAAUCUUCUCUGAAAUGUAUUUGUCUAUUUUUAAAGUGAGCAGGGUAGGGGGUGGCUUUUGGCUCGGGGACACGCUGCUGAAGCAUUGCAUGUGAUUUAAUCUUGGUUAAUGAAAGGCACCCUCUUCCUGAUGGAGACGACUUGUAAGAAACUAAUAAAGUGAGGCUGGGCUGCUCAUCUACCAGCAGCGGAGGUUAAAUCUUUUACUGCUCUCACGCACGCCCCUGCCACCAUCAGCCUCACCUACACUAGCUUGACACCACCUCACACGUGGCAAACAAGCAUCGAUACGCAACACGGCGCAUGCGUUUUCUCAUACGAACGUCUAGUCUUUUGGACACAUGCCUCAGACUUCUCUCAUCACAGCACAUACGCAUCACCACUAGUUAUUAACGCCAGCAUGGCACCAAUAGAGCACUGAGCAACACCUGCACCCUAAGCCCUUCUUCCUGCAAUGUAGGUGUUAAAUGUAUUUCAGACAUCUAUUGGGUAAAUGGUGGUGAACGAAUUACUAAAACAACACCAGGCAUUUUCCCAUAACAUUGUAAAUAUGUGGAAACAGCUUCCUGUUGUCCUCAAUAUCUGAUUUUGCAUGAUAACUUUGUUUUAUAUGUUAAAAUGCAAAGAUUUGAUUGAUACCCACACCAGUAAAAUUAACAGGUCCAUUACCAGGUCGCCAAAGUAGAACGACCUCAGGAACCACAGGUUUCUUUCCUAACCUCCCUUUGAAAUUAAGCUUAAAGUGAAUAAUCUUGUAGUUUUUUGUUGAUGUGCUGUGACGAUGAGAUUUUCUAUGUUAAUAAAAGUAGCUUCAGUCAUUCAUAAUUUUGCUUAGCAUGAAUGUGGAAAAACCUUAGCAAGUUGGUCAUCAGGUGGCAAAAUAUGGCAGCAUAUGUUACUGUAUAUUAUUGUACUGUUAAUGUAAUACUGUACAUGUUGUAGCUGCCCAAGGGCUUCCUGAAUUACUAGAGCACUGCCUGCAUUUAAUGGUGCAGUUGUAUUUGUGCUCGAUACAAGAUUAAUUUUCAACUAAUUUAUGCCUAUAGGUAUUUAAGAGCAGCUGACAUCAGCAUCUCUGAUAAACCAAAGAUGCAACAACUCCCCACCGUCACAAUUAAAGGACAUUGUGAAUCAGAAACAAAUUAAAUAAUUUGUCCUGAUAUGUUUUACUCAUCCUGCACCAGUAAGA